GCCAAAACUGUCGCCUGGAUUUGCCGCGACCACAGUUGAGCUCAGCCAUCUUCAUAGUCAACGAUCCAGUCCAUAUAAAUACUAACACACUCUGUUGCUCCUCUGUAAACUGUUCAAAACGAGAUUCAGAUCUCACCAAGAAUGAAAACUAGAGUGUUAAACAAAAUUUCAGUCCUCAAGUUCUUAGCCAUUUCAAGUUUUUCUGUGAGAAAAAGAGAGAAAGUUGUAAUGCAUCUUAUCAGGAUCAGGUGAUUGGACGAUGGAACAAGAAUUCAGCUUUGCCUUCAAGGAUAUUCUUGCUGUUUCCUAUCUGGGUUUGUGUUAAUAUUGGUUAAAGAGUCAAGAACAGAAGAGGGUUUCUGGGAUUGUGAAUGAUUGAAGAUGGGGAGGUUAUGGCUUCCCAAGUGCAAAUUGGCAAGGAUAAUGGGUUGGUUGCAGAUGAUGCUAGGAACCCUUGUCAUAAUUGUAAGUAUAUCCAGUCUAUUCAAGUUCUACUCUGCUGGUUUUUUCCUUAAAAAUGAAGAUAUUUGCCAUCAUUUUUACGGCAUCAAGGAUGUCUACACGGGUUUCGAUCUGAAAUCGUUGAAUGAUCGAGUUGGAGAAGUGAUAAACAAGAUGGAAGCAUUGCAAGGAAAACUUGAAAAAACAGUUCAAGAAAUGGAGAAGAACAAGAUGAAAGAAAUUUUGGCCAAGAAAUUCUUGGAAGAGGAAGUGAUUAGGCCUCUUGACAGUGCUCAUAUGUCUCUCAAGCAAAUAAUGCUGCCAAAACCUGAAGGAAUUAGAAACUCAACAAUGAAAGAAGAGCCUUUGAUUAAUACUUUCGUAGUAGAAGAGAUUAGGAAGUACAUUACCUCGAAAGAGAACAGAUUAAAACAGGUCAACUUAUAUGGGACAGAUAGAAUAUAUAACAAUAUAGGCCAUGCUUGUGUCCUGCUGAAGAAAGAAUUGGAAGAAUACAUGGAUUAUGACAUUGGAUCUUUUUGCAAAGAUGAUUGGAAUCUAGCACAGAAACUAAUGAUUAAUGGGUGUGAUCCGUUACCUAGAAGACGAUGCUUAACAAGAGCAUCAAAGGUAUUUCAGAAGCCGUAUCCAAUCAAUGAGUCUAUGUGGAGAUUACCAGAUGAUAAGAACGUGAGAUGGAGCAAUUAUCGGUGUAGGAACUUUGCUUGCUUGUCAAGCAAGAACAUGAAUCGAGGGUUUUCGGAGUGCCCUGAAUGUUUUGAGAUGGAGAAGGAAAAGCUGAAGUGGGUGACUAAUAGUUCACUACCUGUUGAUUUCUUGAUCUCUGAUGUUUUGUCAAUCAAGCUUGAUGGGGAAAUUAGGAUUGGCUUAGAUUUUAGCAUCAGUACAGGAACUUUUGCUGCAAGAAUGAGAGAAAAUAAUGUGACAAUUAUCACAACAGCUCUGAAUUUAGGUGCUCCUUUUAGUGAAACUAUUGCUCUUAGAGGCCUAAUUCCUCUAUACUGGACACUGAAUCAAAGACUUCCAUUCUUUGAUAACACAAUAGACUUGAUCCACACGUCGGGGCUUUUAGACGGAUGGAUUGAUUUACUGCUACUCGAUUUCAUAUUAUAUGAUUGGGAUCGUGUGUUGAGACCUGGAGGAUUACUGUAUCGAUUCUUUUGUAAACGAAAGGAUACUGAUGAUUAUAUGUAUAUGUUUCAACAAUUCAGGUACAAGAAACACAAGUGGGUUAUUGCUCCUAAAUCAAAGGAUGAGGUCUAUUUUUCUGCACUAAUGGAGAAACCUCACAGAGCAAUAUGA